ACAUGGUGAGACUGACAAGGAAAACAGAACAUGACAAAAACCAGAUCACAGAAUCCUGACAUAUACAUUGUAUUUGUUUAUACAACUACCUGCAACAAGCAAUAUUCUCUAGCCUUCACUUCAAAAUUUCCAUAGCUUUUUUUCUUGUAGCCUGCAUAAUGCACAUAGACUAAAGCCGGUAGUUGUUUUUUUCCCUCCAUGCGUUCCUUUAUUAAUCCUUGCUUGUCUUGUGUUGUCUAAUUGUACUGUCUGCCUUAACUGUUUUUGCUGCUGUAACAAGUGAAUUUUGGGAUAAAGUUUAUAUUAUACUGUCUUGAUGUAUGAUAGUAUGUCGUGAUUUCGUGUUGCAUUCUUCAUGAACAUGGGUUACGACAGUUCAGACUGUUAUAUUGUAAGGUAUGUUGUGCGGUGCUUCAAAUUUUUGUUCCAUUUGCCCUUUUUUUUUAACUUUGAGCACCUGCCCUCCAAAUGUCUCUGCACGGCCCUGGUUCUGACUUUUUGCUAUUUAUAUGGAAUUCAAAAUUAACAGGCCUAUGUUCAGUUAAAAAAAAAAAAAAAUACUUUUUUUUAUUUGUAUUUUUUUUUCCAAUUUUUGAAAAUCUAUUUAAAUUUAUUAAAAUAAAGGAAAUGUUAUAUUGAAAAUGUAUGUAUUUAUUUAUUUGUUAAAGGGUGACAUUAGGAAGAUAAUCUUUUAUGUUUUACAGCCAGUUUGAAGAUUUUUUUUCUCCUUUUUCUAAUAAAUUAAAUUAUAGAAUAAUGUUUAAAUAUAUAUUGAGUUGUUUUUCAGUAAAGUUACUUAAUUAUUUUUAAAUAUUUUAAAAUAAAAACCAAACUUACUGGUUUUGAUUGACAGUUUUUGGGUCACGUGAAAGAUGAGGAAGUGAGUCACGGGGGAAAAAGAGCGGGACUUUGCUUUUUUUUUUUUCCUUUUUCGCAGAAACGAAAGUGAAAGCAUCCCGCUGGACUGAAGGAGGUCCGUUAUGACUUAAAAUUGCAGCAUCUGCAAGAGGAGAGCGCGGAGAUGGACUAAGAAGCUGCUUAAAAGGCCCACAUCAUUAGCCCUCCACCACUGUGUGGGCUACAGUAAAUCAAAACUCAAGUACAUAUCAAGUCAAGAUAAAAUGAGCCUCCAGGUGUGCCACUGCUGUGGCUGGUCCAAAGUCACGUCCUAUCAGGGCCUGAGGAUCCACCAGGGCAUGAAGGGAUGCACUCCCAAAGGCAUGAGGGUGAUGGAGCACCAGCAGCAGGACUUGUUUGGUCAGAGAAACUCCAUGCUGGAUUUUGGUCGUUGUGUUAUACCUGAAAACCUGGAGUGGAAUGACCUGAGCCUCCAGGUCCACCAGGGCAUGAUGGGACGCACUUCGAAUGGGAUGCGCCAGCAUCAGAACCUGUGUGGUCAGACAGUUCAGAGCAACUUUAUGCUGGAUUUUGGCUUUUGUAUUGAAACUGAAGUCCUGGACUCUCCUGACCUGAGCCUCCAAGUCUGUCACUGUGGCUGGACCAAAAUGACCACCUAUAAGGAGUUACAGAUUCAUCAGGGGGAGAUGGGAUGCACUCUCAAAGGGAUGAGGGUGAUGGAGCACCAGCAGCAGUACUUUCGCAAUCAGACAGUUCAGAGCAACGUCAUGCUGGAUUUUGACUUUUGUGUUGAAACUGAAAACCUGGACUCUCCUGACCUGAGCCUCCAGGUCUGCCACUGUGGUUGGACCAGAAGAACCACCUAUAGGGGGUUACGGAUCCAUCAGGGCAGGAUGGGAUGUACCGUGAAAGGAGCUAGGAUCCCAAAGACAAAGAGUUAUGACUCCAAAUAUAAUAGAAAAGAGAGAGAACAUCAAAGGGGACCUCGUGCAGAGAAAGUUCCGGAAGGACUGAGGAGGAGCAGCAGAAAGAGCUCGGCAGCAGCAAAGAUCUCUUCUCCAGAACCUCCACGCUCAGCCCAAAGAGCAAAUUCAGCCCGGUACCUGGAGGCGGAGCAGGUCCUCAUCCAGAACGGAGUUAGUGGAGAAAUGCGGAUUAACCCCAGAAUAGAGAGGGAACGCAGAUCACGUCCAGAAGCUCCUGUCUGGAGAACUGCUGAACGAGUUCCUGAGCACCAGCGUCAGGACUUCUGCUCUAACUUGCAGGUGCAGAAACCAUUCAGGGAGCCUCGGGCGGAUCCAGAAUCCCAACUUCGGGAGAGAUGCAGGAGUCAACAGGUGGACAGAGCUGUCAGAUCACCGUCACAUGUGGUCCAGUCCAAGAAGAGACAUAGAUCUGUGGUCCACCCCAAGAACAGAGAUCCACCUGUCUUCCAGCCCAAGAACAGAGAUCCACCUGUGGUCCGUCCCAAGAACAAAGGUCCACCUGUGGUCCUGCUUAAGAACAAAGAUCCACCUGUGGUCCGUCCCAAGGACAGAGGUCUGCCUGUGGUUUCGGUUGAGGAUAGAUAUUCACUUGUGGUCCGUUCCAAGAACAAAGGUCCACCUGUGGACUUGCCCAAGAACAGAGUAGUCCUGUCCGAGGAGAAAAAUCCACCUGUGAUCCCUCCUAAAAACAGAGAACCACCUGUGGUUCUGCCGGAGAACAAAGCUGUUUUGCCCAAGAACAGAGAUUCAUCUGAGAUAUGGCCCGGUAACAGGGAUGCACCUUUGGUCUUACCUAAGAAUAGAGUUCCACCUGUGGUUCCGACCAAGAAAAGAGUUCCACCUGAGGCUCUGCCCGAGAACAGAGAUCCACCAGUGCAGGAGGAGAAACGCCAACAUCUAGUCCUGGUGGAACUCCAGAAUGCUUUACAGAGAAAACAGUCGCUCAGACAAGAACAAGAAAGGGAACUGGAAGCAUCCACAAAAGAUGUGGCAACCAUGGAGCUGAACGCAUCUGUAAAAAUGGUUAUCAAGGGAAACCAGUCAGCAUCAAGAACUUCACUGAGAAAAUGUGGCAACAUCUCGACUGAUCAGGAGAAUAGAUCACCCCAUCCUGUAAUCAAGACAGAAAUUGAAUCAUCUUUGUUCACAGCAAAGCUGGAAAAGUUUAAGAGGAUCUCGGUUGGAGCAGGAGCUCAGCCAACCAUCAAAGUGAAGCAGGAGGUGAACACAUCAAAACCUCCGGUACCCCCAAAGCCGAAAGUUUUACCUGCUAGUUCUUCGGUGACAGCUGUCCAACUCCAAGAGGAGAAAGCAAAGAAUCAGAGAGUCACGGACAUCACAGCUGCUGCCAAACCCUCCACACCAUCAGUACAAGAUCCAGCAUCAUUUUCUGAAGUGGAUUCCUCUGCUGCCAUGAAGGUGAAGGAUCUGGCCCAGAUGUUUUCAGGAUCCUGUGACAAAAAAGAAUUCAACCAGAAGAAGAAACCUAAAGAAGAAGAUCAGCCCUCACAGAAGGAGGAAACAAAGACAAACAGAGAGGAGCAAAAGGAAGUAAAGACGUUCAGAGAUGUCAUCACUGCUGUCAGCAAACCCACAGAGGAGAUGAAACCCACAAAAUCCCUGAAGGUGAAGGAGCUGGUCCAGAUGUUUUCUGCUUCAUCCGUUCCCCCAAAGGAGAAGCUGGAAGGAAGCAGGAAACCUGCAGCGUACACGAGAACCUGCCCUGAACCUGCAGCUGUGAGGAGAGGCAGGAAUUGAAAGUCUUCUGCUGUGGUCUCAAUGUUAAUGCUUCACAAAACCAGAAAACGUGUUUAAUUAAACAGCAGCAGUUCUGGUAUAUUUCUGCUGAAAUCUCAGCUGUAGCUUUAGAAUACGUCUCAGUCCUGAAAUCUUUGCUGAUGUUCCUCAGCUGCUCCACUCAAAUGUUGCUACAUGUUUAUGUCAAUGAGACUGAGGCGAGGCCAAAUAAAGAAAUGAUCAGGAUCUAGCCAACAUUUCUUAUUUCUUUGGGCUAAACUCCUUAAAGUCCCACUCCAACCAUAUUUUUUUCUUUUGUAAAAUAGUUCUCAGUAGUCUUUUAAUAAAGACAGUGCAGUUUUUAGCCAAAAUUAUAACAUUUUUUUUUUAAAGACAUUUCCGUGCCUAGCACUACCUCCUUAGAAAUACAAUUGUGGGUUGUGGGGAGAACUGUUGGCUCGGUGUAGCCCCGCCCCCCUCCCCGUCGCUGGGUGCUCUGUUUGCGCUCAUUGCGCCAAACUAACAUUAGCGGUACUAAAGUAACAAAGAGGAUCUUGUUUUGUACAAGUGGAUGCAGCAGAAUGGUGCAUAGAGUGAGAGACUUUGCCACGCCCAUUUUAGUAAGCGUGUCAUUAGUCUGAGCUUUUUCAAGCAUCCAGUUUUCUUAUAGGAGACACUCAGAAACAGUGUUUAAAUCAUAAAUUAUUUUAUAUAGGUCUACUAUGAGAUACUAUGUUACAUGUACUCAUUAAACACACAAAAAAAAAUCAUUGGAAAGGGUCUUUUAGUUGCUUUAGUUGUGCUUUUAGUGCUUUCAGUUGACUAAAAAAAAUAGAAAUUUUAUUAGAAGUAAGUAUGCUAUAAACCUUUAUCUUAUUUUAAAACACUCCACAGCACUUUUGUCCUUUUAGACUGAUUUAAAUAAAGUUAAUUGAAAGCAAUGCAGGAAUUUGAGUUGUACUUGUAUGACACAGCCAGUACUUUUGGUGACCUUUGGAAUUAAACAAACCUCUUCAGUUAAACAGUGUGUGGUCUCUUAGAGUUUCCAUCUAAUCUGCUAGUAAUUGGUUUACAUUCAGACACAAAUCUGUUUAGAAUGAGCUAAAUAAAAAAAAAA